CAAACCCCACCAUUCAUUCAUUCAUUCAUAUCGUCAUAUCAGCGCAACAUCGCAACCACGUGCUACGUCUCAGUGUGUCCCAAUAAGACAUUGACUCUUCUCUUCAUCCCAAACCGUUCAAACUCUCUGCCAUCUGACCGCUGAAAUCACUGAACCAAGAGGCCCCUCCAAAUACCGUCUCCAUCAUCAUGCCACCAAAAGCACCAAAAGCACCAAAAGCACCAAAAGGAGGUGAAACCCUAGGCGGCAUCCUCUUCGGCGGCACACUCUACGCCAUUGCGGUGUCAGGUAUGGCAAGUCUACUUGAGAACACAAACGACAACAAAAAAGAUAGUAAAGAAGAGGCCAAGCAAGCAGAGCCCAAGGAAGAGUCCAAGCCAGCAGAGCGAAACUGGAUACAAAGACAAUUAAAGGAACCCGGCUAUUACACUAAACAAGUUGAAGAGGAAUUUAAGAGGAAUGCAGAACCACUAAAAUAUUAUACUAGUCCGAUUCUUGAAUUAAGUGAGCAAGAUCGCUUGCAAGCAGAAAGAAUGCUGAAGCCUUGAGUAGUUAGGAGAGGCAAUACAAUAAUGCAACUUGAUCCCUGAUUGCUUUCGGAUACCGCAGUCUCUUAGGCG